GGUUUCCGUCCAAUGGAUGGGGUGUUGUUUUAUGGUGCGCCAGGUGAGUCGCAGUCUUGGUGACGCCUUGGUGGGCUGGGCGGUGUUUGAGUGUGUGUCAGGCGUGUCGCAGUCUUGGUGACGCAGAUGGGAGGGGAGGCGUUUGAGUGUGUGUCAGGUGUGUUGUGGCUGUGGUGACACAGGUGGGAUGCUGAAUGCUGGUUCGCACUCUUCGCCUCUCCGAGGGUCCAGUCUGCUCUCAGCUGGAGUGACGGGGCUGUCCAGAACUCUCCUGUAGGUAUGGAAGCUCCUCGCUGUCCUGCGUCACCUCCGGUCCAUUAUCUUUGAACGAGCUGUGUUGUCACUUCCUGUUCCUGUGCACUCAGGGUUGGGGCUCAGCACAGGUUGCUAAGCACCAGAUGAACCCUCAAAAUCAGUCAGUUACCCGACAUCUAGUGAACACGAGGAAGACGUGUAAUAUCGUGGAAUGUCACCGUUACCAUGGUGAACCAGCAGUGCAUUAACUUCGUUGUUAGCUGUAAGUUGUUAGCUCGUAACAUCGUUGUUAGCUGUAAGUAAGGAAUGAUGGGAAAUGUAUAUUUAGAGGUGGCUUUCUCUUAGAGCGCUCACUUGUGCUUGUUUCAUCGUUACUGGCCAUUUCUGCCUCGUUGCAACACGUUAGCUUUUACACACUGAUGAGAUUUUCUUUCUUUACAGAAAUAUGUAUUUUUGUCACCGAGUAUGGGGGGGAUAAAAAAGGAAGCAUUUAAAUUCUCUGGCAGUUGCUCUUCGUUUUCCGGUGAAGAAUGUAGGGCUUGUGUGUGCUUGCGGAUGAGCGAAGGCCGUUUAAUUGGCAGUAAAUUAGAGGGCUACGCGCUGCACUGGGAUUAUGAUGUUGGAGCUGUCGUGCCUGUUGGGUUGGAGCUGUCAUGCCUGUUGGGUUGGAGCUGUCGUGCCUGUUGGGUUGGAGCUGUCGUGCCUGUUGGGUUGGAGCUGUCGUGCCUGUUGGGUCGGGUGAAGCUGCUGGGUCGAGCGUUGGGGCUGGAUGUUCAGUCUCGCCACACGGAUGCAUGGGCCCUUACGCAGUCUGGAAGUGCUUCUGUUGCGCAGAACGGUUUUGGUUCCCACAUCCUGCAGGUGCACGUUCCGGUUCCCCAGCACCAACAUCAAGAUCACCUUCACCGCCCUGGCCAGCUGCAAGAAGGAGAAGAGGGAGGCGCCCGAAUCUCCGGUCAAGCCCGUGCAGCCGCACAUCUCCCCCCUCACCAUCAGCAUCCCGGACAACAUCGCCCACCUGAUGAGCCCCCUGCCCUCGCCCACGGGCACCAUCAGCGCUGCGAACUCCUGCCCGUCGAGUCCGCGCGGGGCCGGGGCGUCGGGCUACAGGAUGGGCCGCAUCGUGACCUCCGACCUGCAGCUCAUCGCCGACCACUCCCAGUCCGAGAACGACAAGGAGGCGUCCGGCGGAGACAGCCCCAAGGACGACUCCAAGCCCCCGUACUCGUACGCCCAGCUGAUCGUCCAGGCGAUCACCAUGGCGCCCGACAAGCAGCUGACCCUGAACGGGAUCUACACCCACAUCACCAAAAACUACCCGUACUACCGCACGGCCGACAAGGGCUGGCAGAACUCGAUCCGCCACAACCUCUCGCUCAACCGCUACUUCAUCAAAGUGCCUCGGUCCCAGGAGGAGCCUGGGAAGGGCUCCUUCUGGCGCAUCGACCCGGCGUCCGAGAGCAAGCUCAUCGAGCAGUCCUUCCGCAAGCGCCGUCCCAGAGUGCCCUGCUUCAGGACCCCGCUCGGGCCCCUGUCCUCCAGGAGCGCACCGGCCUCCCCCAGCCACACGGGGGUGCUGUCUGCACACUCCAGCGGCGCUCAGACCCCCGACAGCCUGUCCCGGGAGGGCUCCCCCGUGCACAUGGACCCGGAGCCCGCCCCUGCCCCGCCCGCGGCCCCCCAGCCCAAACUCACCGUCAUCCAGGAGGCGCACUUCACCCAGAACGCCCCAGGCUCCCCGCUCGGCGGCCAGCCCGUGCUGAUCGCGGUGCAGCGGCCGCUGCCCCAGAGCAUGAAGCCGGUGACCUACGCGGUGGCCACGCCCGUCCCCGCCGCCGCGCCCCAGCAGCCGCUCAUCCACGUGGUGCACCAGAUCCCCGCCGUCUCCGUCACCUCCGUCAGCGGCCUCGCCGCCGGCGCCGCCUACACCACCCAGGCCGCCGCGCUGCACCCGGCCAGGCCCGAGCCCCAGGAGAACGGGGAGCACAAGGAGGUCAAAGUGAAAGUUGAACCAAUCCCCGCGGUCACCGCCGUUUCUAUAGGAACGGCCAGCCGCAUCAUCCAGACGUCCCAAGCCACGCCCCUACAGACGGUCGCCAUCGUGCAGCCGACGCCCCUGGGGCAGCACCAGCUGCCCGUGAAGGCCGUCACGCAGAACGGCACCCACGUGGUGCCCGUCACCGCCGCCGUGCCAGCGCAGGUCACCACAGCCUCGGCCGUCGCCAGUCCGCUGCACAUGCUGGCGACCCACGCCUCCGCCUCCGCCUCCCUCCCCACCAAACGGGCCAACGGUGACCCCGCCCAGCCCCCCGAACCAAAGAGGCUCAAAAUGGAGGACGCAGAGAACACCGCCACGCCCGAAAAUACAGACAGCACAGCGGCCAGGGAGCCAGCCGGCCAGGACUAGCUUCUCCCGCACCAGCCCCCCCACCCCCUCUCUCUCUAACUCUCUCCCUCUCUCUCUUUCACUCACUCAUUCUCUCCCCCUCCCUCUCUCUGACGCUCU